UGCAUAGAUUUAUCAUCAUCAUCUUGUUUGCGAUGUAGACUUUGCUUAGCUUGGAUGUUGAGCGUUGAGCCUCACGCUUAGUGAGUUGUCCGAGAUGGCUGGCUGGCUAGUUCAAGCGUGUAUUCUGCAAUGGCAGUGAACGGCCACUGUAUUUGCACUCUCCAAUAGCUCUCAUCCUCAUCAUUUUCUGUUGAGAUCAUACUACUUAACACAACAGCCUUAUCAUUGUUUUUUGCGGUGUUCUGCAGCGUUCUUUCGACAAUGGUGACUGUUGCGUCCCAGUGCUCCCCCUCGAAACAAAGCAGCGCGGCAUUUCGGUCGACCCAUUUGUCUACGUUCGAUGAUUAUUUGACAUUCAUCUUGGUAGACUCUCUCUACUUUUGGAUUGAUGUUCGUAAAGUGCACUCGGGCCGCCGUCCUCCUAGAGGCUUACCGACAGCCGUGAUAUCAGGCCUCCUUCGACGACAUCUUUCAGACCCCAGUGUAUCUUCCCUACUGCGCGAGUUUCUAGCAUUACCAACAAUCAAAUCAUACAUUGCAGGACAUACCGGCACGCCACGUCUGAUUCACGAGUUUGAAAGUCAUGCGCGCCGAUAUUUGAGUAUGUACCUCCCGUCGGUGCCUUUUGAACUUGGCACCACCGAUCGUUAUCGUGCAGUGUCGCGCCGAUCCGAAGCCUGCGUUAUUGCCCGCGCCGUGAUAGAGUCUGGGACAAUGAUCCGUCAUCUAGCCGGAAAAAUGGUCGCCAUUUCUUCGCAUGACCGUACCGCACUGAGCCGUGAUUUCUCUAUCAUUUACUCGCACCGUCUAGGGGAAUCCUGCCUAAUGCUGGGUCCUUGCCGGUUUGUCAAUCACGACUGUGACCCGAACUGCCGCUUCAUUGCGCAGGGUGGGAAUGGGGUUGUAGCAGUUAUGUCAACACGCAAAAUCAACUUAGGCGAGGAGAUCACAGUGUCGUAUGCUGAAAACUACUUUGGCAAAAAGAACCGCGAAUGUAUGUGCGCGACAUGCGAGAAGAAGGGAAGAGGGUUUUUCGGUGCCCCAAAGUCAAGCAUGAGCUCAGCUUCAUCUGAUACGAAAGUAUUUUCCGAUAAUGAUACUAGUACAGAUGAGGAUUUUGAUUCUCAGUCUGAAAACGAGGGAGAGGGUGUGAAAACACAUCGCACGAGAGCACAUAAGCGGCGACGCUUGGAGCAACUGGAAAUGAAACACCCAGAUUCUAUCAGCUCAACAAAUGAGCGUUCCGAGAACAUCAAUCAGACGACUGCCACAAAUUCAUUAGCUUCUCAUUCCGAGCAUGCACAGCAAGACGAUGAAAGUAGACGUCGCUCGAGCAGAAUUAGAGAACGUGUCUCUAUUUCAGUCAAGCGUGAUUACGAAGAUGUCACUCGGGCUGUCGGAUGCAAGACGCGGGUCAAGACGAAAGCCGACAAGAGAUCUGCAAAGUCCAGGGUGAAGAUCGAGAACGUUGAUGCACAACCUCGACGAUCUCGCGUUCAGCAUUACAGUCGGAGCACGCUGAGACAGCCCUCCAAUAACAGCAGAAAUCGGGCCCCAAAGUCGAGAAGCAGCCUGAAAAGUCUUCCGACUCCACCUGCAAGCGUUUCUGGAACCAACAGCGAUGCCACAAGCGAUAGUUUUUCCGACAUCGAGUCUCAGGAUUCUCUUCCUUUCUCAAAUUUUCGCUCCACUCAACGUGGCAAACUUCUCUUUAACGCGUUUUGGGGAAGUUCAGACUAUAGUGUUGAUGCCGCUGACUCUGACAAAACUCCAACAAAUCAGAUUGAGGUGAACUGGGAGGGUGUCACGCCACCAUUUGAGACUCGAAGAUGUGCAAAUGAAUCUUGUCGCGCCCGGUUCGUGCUUGCAAGUCGGAGUUCUAAAAAGAACAGAGGAAGUUUGGAGAAACUUGACUCUAUAUGCUUUAAUUACGUUCAAAAAUAUGAAACCAGUCAUCAGUCUCUGGUGUGUCUGAGAUGCAACAGACAUGCCGGUAUUUAUGGUACCAAAUGGCCUCAGAUCAUUCAAGGGAAAGCUACACGGGGCGGCAGCUGCAUGGGCUCUGAUGACGAGGAAGAUCAGGACACUAAAGAGCGCGGUAAUGACAGGUUGUCUCCAGAGGAGAUAAAGGAAGCAGAGUUUUCGGUUAUGCUUCAAGACUUUGUUUAGGAAUUCAAACGAAGUGGUAAUCAUGUAUUAUCAAAAGUUACCAGCAGGAGGUCGUCACUUGUGCGAUAACAAUUUUUCCUAGUAUUUGACUCGCUUUCAGAUGUUAAUAAUAUAAUAAAUCAAUGGGUUAGCCUUAUCGUCUGAUUUCCGUCUGAUUUCAAUUGUCAAAAAGUUUGAUCGAGGCAGAUCUAUGUAUCGAGGACUUGCAAGAGUGAAUUUCGUGUUUCUAUGCCUCUUCUGCUUCUUCUAAACUCAUCAGAGGAGUUCCUCCUCGGCUUUUGUCUUCCAAUUUAUUUGGAAUUUCUCUCCAACUAAAUUUUUCGAGCAGCGAUUUGUCUAACGAUCUCUCGAAGCAGCCUACGGCGUAUUUUCCGAUUAUGGGAAGAAAUUUGAGACCACUGCGAUGGAUUGUUAGUUUUGAUUGGCGAUGAAUGAGAACAAUAGACUUCAAAGGGUGUCUUAAU